AUGUGCGCCGGUCUGGAAAUCAUUCUCUGGGACAUCCUUGUCCUCAUCGCCAUCGUCCUCAUUGUGAUCUGGAUCUUGGGCUUCUUCCACGUUGUCACCAUUGCGAGCGCACCACUGAUACACGUCUUCAUCAUCGUCGGUGUUCUUUUCCUGAUCACCUGGGUCUUCCCAUCAGCUUCGUCGCUAGCGACAAUCAUCCCUGUGGUUCGUGCACACCGCAAAAACAUUCGAGACUCCUCCAUAGUACUCAGCAAACCGUGGCCCCUGGACGCUAUCUACCUCAUCCUCCCACGUCCUUCCCCCUUUAUCUGGAUGCCAUAUUUUUGUUUUGGCGUAGCCAGUAGAAAGGAGUCGAAGGCCGCUAUCAGGAAGACUUAG